CGAGUUAUCAGGGAAAAUCGACUUUUUCUCAGCAAUCGCCGUCCACUUGUCAUAUACUUCUGUAUAUCUAUGUCUUCACAUUCGGCGAAUUGUUACAAGGGUUUUAUGAUUUUCGGAGAAAGAAACCCACAAGUCACUUUCCUCGUCGGCCUUCCUUCGCAUUGUUUUUAUAAGGAAUUUAUUUUUGUGUCUUAACUUAUACGACAAAAGUUAUAGGGAGCGUCAUUGAUUUGUGGGUCUUUUAUCGGAGAGGGAGGAGUGGUGUGGUGGGUUUGAUGAGUGAUGAAGUUUUGCAAGCAAUACCAGAAGUACAUGCAAGGGCAGGAGAAGAAGUUGCCUGUGCUUGGACUCAAGAAGCUCAAAGGGAUCUUGAAGAAGUGCCGGAGGGAUUUCCAGUCACAUGAGGAUCGUGAGGAAUGCCAUGGUGCCCAAUCGUGCCCUCAACAUUGUCCAGUUUGUGAUGGGACCUUCUUCCCUUCUCUUCUCAAUGAGAUGUCUGAAGUGGUUGGCUGCUUUAAUGAGCGUGCAAGAAAACUUCUUGAGCUGCAUCUGGCCUCUGGGUUUCAAAAAUGCUUCAUAUGGUUCAAAGGAAAGCUAAGGGGGAACCAUGGUGCCUUGAUUCAAGAAGGCAAGGAUUUGGUUACCUAUGCAGUGAUCAACGCCAUUGCCAUUCGAAAAAUACUAAAGAAAUAUGAUAAGGUUCAUUACUCCAAGCAAGGGCAAGCCUUCAAGUCACAAGUUCAGAGUAUGCACAUUGAGAUUCUUCAAUCCCCAUGGCUUUGUGAACUAAUGACUUUCCAUAUCAAUUUAAGAGACUCUAAAGUCAAUUCAAGGGUGGCUCCUGCACUGUUUGAUGGGUGUUUGCUCACAUUCAAUGAUGGCAAACCAUCACUCUCCUGUGAGCUCUUUGAUUCUAUCAAGCUCGAAAUUGAUUUGACUUGCUCAAUAUGCUUGGAUACUGUAUUUGAUCCAGUUUCUCUUACAUGCGGCCAUAUAUUCUGCUACAUGUGUGCUUGCUCAGCUUCAUCAGUGACCAUUGUUGAUGGGCUAAAGGCAGCAGAGCCUAAAGAAAAAUGCCCUCUAUGCCGGGAGGCAGGAGUUUAUGAAGGUGCUGUACAUUUGGAGGAACUUAAUAUUUUAUUAAGCAGAAGAUGCCCUGAAUAUUGGGAGCAAAGACUUCGGAUGGAAAGGGUGGAGAGGGUUCAGCAGGCGAAGGAGCAUUGGGAAUCCCAGUGCCGGGCAUUCAUGGGUGUUUAGUUUGGGAAAAAUUUGCUUAUCUGGUGUGUGCUAAGGUUUUUUCACCUGAAGAUCUUCCAGUCUAGUUGUUUUUUCAGGUGUUUUUGUUAUAUAAUCCUUUAUUUAGGAAAAUUCUGUGUAUAUUAUCUUUUUGUUGCAUAAAUACUGCAACCUGUUGCUUGAUAUUGAUAAACCCUAUGAUUCUUGCC